AUGGCUGAGAAAUCGGUACCCCCUUCCCCUUCGGUCGCAGCCCAGGACAUCGCGGCCGAAGAUCCCAAGAGCGGCAAACGGCAACAUGGGGCCUGGAAGGCUGGAGAAGAGCAUGUCCUGCCCCACAACAACCUUAAGAUCGUCUUCCCCGGCCUGAUGCUCACCGUUUUCCUGUCUGCGAUGGACCAAACCAUCGUAGCCACGGCUUUGCCCACUAUUGUAGACAAGUUGGGUGGUGGCUCUCAAUACUCAUGGGUUGGAAGUGCUUACCUUCUGGCUGCUGCAUCAUUAGCUCCGCUGUACGGAAAAUUAUCGGAUCUCAUCGGCCGAAAACCUAUCUUAUACUCUUCAAUAGUCAUUUUCCUUAUUGGUUCUGCUCUAUGUGGCGCUGCACAAAAUAUGGUCUGGCUCAUUGUCUGUCGAGCCAUUCAAGGAAUUGGCGGUGGAGGUAUGAUCCAACUCGUACAAAUCACGAUCUCGGAUAUAGUUUCUCUACAAGAACGUGGAAAAUAUGGUGGUUUGUUAGGAGCUACAUGGGGAAUCGCAAGUGUCGUUGGGCCACUCAUUGGCGGCGCAUUGACUGACCAUGUAUCGUGGAGAUGGUGUUUCUGGAUUAACCUGCCCACCGGCGGUGUUGCGGCCCUUUUGCUGUUUUUCUUCUUGCACUUGAACCCGCACAAGGGGAAGACCUUAAACGAGCAUGUACAGGAGUUUGACUUCAUUGGCCUUUUCUUCAUGGUCGGUGGUGUUGUCUGCCUGCUUAUUGGGUUCAACAGCGGUGAAACAAAUUGGGGUAGUGCAGAGACCAUAGCGUUGUUGGCGGUCGGAGGGACCCUUAUAGUGCUCGCUUGUGUGAACGAAGGUUUUACUAAACGUUCUCCAAUUAUUCCACCGCGGUUAUUCAGGACGAGGACUACGGCUAUCAUCCUGAUUAGUACCUUCCUUCACGCCAUAGCGUUCUUUGGUGGUGCAUACUAUUUGCCCCUAUACUACCAGGUUCUUGGAGCAUCUGCUACUGGCGCAGGUGUUAGAAUGAUACCCUACUCGUUUGGGGGCGCAAUAUUCUCUGCCUCUUCUGGUGUUUUGGUCAGUCGCAUUGGAAGGUAUAGGCCCAUCAUGUGGUUUGCGUGGUCUAUCAUGACUGUGGGAUGGGGUUUGAUGAUUAUGCUGGAUGAUCAAUCGUCGAAUGCGGUCAAAGAAAUCUACCCUCUGAUUGCAGCCCUAGGGAUAGGGUGUCUCUUCCAAACUCCGCUCAUUGCUCUUCAAGCUGCCAUGCCGCUGAAAGACAUGGCCACCUCGACUGGUACCUUCGGCUUCCUCCGGACUCUCGGUGGAACCAUAGGUGUGGCUAUUGGCCAGGCUAUCUACUCCAGUUUCUUGCAGAAAAACAUUGCCAAGAUCCCAAACCUCGAUUUCGACACCUCUCCAUCGGCGCUCGCAGAUAGUGUAAACCAACUGAAGAACAUCGCAGAUCCUACUCAACGCCAAGCGGUCAUACAUGUCUACGCGAAGGCGAUCAGCAAGAUCUGGCUCGUGAACUGCCCCCUCGCCGGUGUUGGCUUGAUCAUGGUGCUCUUCGUCCGGCAUUACACUCUCAAGCGGAAUACUGUCCAGCAGGUCUCUAAGAAAGACAUUGAAGCAGCUGCAGGUGACGUACCGGUAGGAGGCGAAGACGUCGACCAUGAAAAACGAAUACCGAAAGAGAGCGGUGAAGCUACGAGAGAAGGGACGUUGAAGGGUGCGCCGACGGGCACGGACGAGGACGUGAAGGAGAAAAUAGCGGAGGAGCCUUCGUCUGCGGCUCCUGCUAGGACUGCUGCGACGGCCACUCAGCCACGAGGAGACGAUAUGGUAUGAUUUUUAGGAUCUGUCUGCGUAUGGCUUGGUGUUUGCUUGAUUUUGUGGGAGUGUGCAUAGAGGUUCGGAUGUAGCACCGUGAUAGACACGACUCCGAGACGACCCUCACGAACAGUACUAUCUGUGUAUCGCGUUACUGCAAUGUCAACACAAUUAAUGGAUUCGUUUUUUU